UGCAGCUGUUAAAAAAAUGUUCUCAGCCUUCUGUUGGAAAAACACAUUUAUGUUCAUGAGCAAAGCAGGGGAUGGAGUAUUUGAUGGAUUAUGAAAGCACAACUUGUCUGCAUUGUUCAUGAAAUAUAAAGCUGAUUCUUAGGUAAGAUCUUGUUGCAUGUGUGGGUGAGGUCUCUCAGGCGCAGUUCAUAAAAGAGUUUGGAGCGAUCUAGUCUGAAGUGUAGCGCCGCAGAGCUCCUCACAGUGGACAAUCAAUUACAAUGCAUAAAAUGCCUCCACUGUACGCGCAAUCGCAAGCAAGAGUCUCCACCAACAGACUUCAACACUCGGAAGAAAACACGCACUUUUAAAGGGAGUUUACCAUAACUGGAGCUCAGGAGUGAAGAUGCCCUUUUGCAAGAGGACCAUUGUCCCUAAAGAUGUGUGCAAGAGUAGCGCGAAGAGUCGAGGCGCGAUGUUCACGGAUCUGGUGGAUGUGUGCGGCUUGACUCUGUGCGCGCUGCUCCGUCAGCUGUCGGAUUUAUCCCGUGAGUCGGUGAGCAUCCUGGAGGAGCUGGAGGGAGAGCUCGCCUCCAUCUGUUACCGCUCCGGAGCGCUGGAGAAUAAACUUACCAGUCUGCAAAAACACAUCUCAGCACUGGCUAGCAAGCCUCCGGCCAAAACAACCACCAACUUGGACUCAGAGAGCAAACGAACAGCCCACUUCCAAUCGUCAUGGCAACAGCAUGUGAAUGUGUUCGGCUCGUGGAGUAGGCCGGAGUGUGUGCAGGAGCUGCACCAGGAGGCUCAGCUGAACCUUCAGAGUCUGCUGCAAGAUUUUGAGGAGCAACUAGAUGAUAGCAGAGUAACAGGACAGACAUUCAGACACACUUCUCAGAGCUUCGAGGACACGUCAACCACUCUCAGCCGAUCUCCUUCCUCACUCAACAACAAGAAGACGGAGUUCGUCUUUGUGCCUGCAAAUAAGCAAGUGUGUGAGGAUGAGACCACAACAUUAGGGGUCCGGGCGCAGGACCCGACCCAAUGCGGUUCAGAGAGGUCCCUUCUAGGCUGGAAUGCCUCACUGAAUCCCCCUGUUGCAGAGAAACCUCGCUGGCACCUGGGUCGACACACUCCUGCUCACCUUGUCCCAAUUGACAUCACAGGCCAGAGCUUUGAUAAGCACUCCGCACAGCACAGCGAACUCCGGGCCGCCUUUAGAACUGAUUCAGCGGUCAACCCAAAGACCGUUCGUCGCCCGAGGAGUGUGGUUGCAGGCCCUGAUGUCACGCUGCACUGCCAAGGUGAUGGCAAAAUUCUUGCUGUAGAUCUAAUACAAGGUGCCUGUUCCCCUGGAGCUUCUCAACCCAGAUCUUUGGAGCCCACCACUGAGAAAACAGGCCAACAGCAGAUUCCCCUUCGGAAGACCCAAAGUGACCUGGAGCACAGUGUCCCCCCAUCCCCUAAGACCCCAUCAGGCAUGAUGGAUCAUGCCACUGUGAUGUGCCCCAGCCCCCCCUGGAAUGGCCCAAAAGGUUCCACCUUUUCCCCUUCCUGGAAUGACUCCUACAACUAUGCCUUCGUUACAAGCCCUGCUUCUAAGCAGCCUAUAUCUAAAACUGGAAUGUUAACACCUGGAGGUGAAGGAGGUGGCCUAAUGUGUCCACCCCAGACCAGUUCAGGCCUCUCCAUGAGCUCAGGGUCACACUCUAGUUCUUUCACCUCUAUCUCAGAACCAUGUGGACACAGGGUAUACACAGUGACGCAUGGGAGUGGGGUUUCUAUCGGGAGACGUAAUAACACAGAGUGUGAAACUUCAACUUCAGGCACAUGCAGUAGCCACAGUAAAAGUGAACAGGAGAAUAGAUCAGCCCGAUCGAAUUUCUUCAGGUUUCGUGAACGUUCACUUUCAACACCAACAGACUCUAUAUCUUUUUGCUCUGCAGAUAUUGUAUGUUCUCCAUGCGAGACUGUCCCUGUCCUUCCAGAGAGUGAAAGUUAUGCCCUGCUAUAUCCAAGCAACAGUUCGGAGGAUAGCACCAGCACUGACAAUGUUUCUGUGACCACAGGUUCAGACUUUCAUCCAGAUGGCCGACUGAGGACACGUUUGCGCAGUAUUUCACUAAAGAAACCUAAGAAAAAGCCACCUCCUCCAGUACGUAGUGUAUCCCUGAUGAAAAACCUGUCAGAGGCUGGAGGCAUGGGUUCCUACCCCAAAGAAGGGCAUUUCAGAGAUGGGAGACCCAAGAGCCUAUUUAUCCCUCGAGAUCACCAUAUUCAAGAUUCAUUCCAGCCAGAGUUCUUAAUUGCAAAGCCUGAGGAGGACACAGUCCAGGCCCACAGUAGCUUAGAGACAUCUUCUGAUAUUUCUCAGCCUCCUGCCAGGGAAACAGAACUUGAGUUUCCUCCUCACUGGCCACUCAAUGAGUGGAAGUCCAACAAUGAUCCCUACCGCUCACUGUCAGGUUCAAGUACAGCCACAGGUACUACAGUGAUGGAGUGCAUAAAGGUGCAGGGGAGCUCAGAGUCCCUAAAUUCACCUUCAACUUCACGUGCCACAUCUCCCUCCCAGCUCUCUGUUGAGGCCGAAACCAAGGUAUCCCCCUUCAAGCCCCCAUGCCUCAUGUCACCAUCUAGUGGCUACUCAAGCCAGUCUGAAACACCAACCCCAACUAUAUCAAACACCCUCCUCACUGGACAUUCAGUUGGAUGCAAGAUGCGCCCAAAGAUUCCAGAGAGGAAAUCUUCACUUCCAGCAACUUCUGUGAAAGAUAAAUCGACUCGCUCACGUCUUUCUUUUGAACUACCUGCAAACUCCCAACUGGACCUGUCCUCCAUCAAACCCAAGCCUAAAGCCAGCCGACGCCACUCUGACACAUCUACAGCCAACAAACCAGGCAAAUUGAGCCCCAGUCAGUCUUCUUUGCCUAUGGUUACCACAACAGACUUGCAAAAUAUUCACCUCCGUUCAGUAAGCCGCUCAGAACUUGAAGAGAGUCCUGAUGGUUCUUCUGAUGUUAUUGAAGAAGAGCAGAGUCGAGAUCUUAGCCCACCUAUCACCCCCUCUAACGCAAAACUGUCUAAGCCACCAGUUGCAGUAAAGCCACCUCUACCUAAACGACCCAUGAACUUGAUGCUAAAAUCUUCCUCAUCAUCCCCUCUGGCAAGUGAAUCUCCUCCAUUUUCCCCUGUGGACCGACCCAUGCCUGUGGGUAACAUUUAUAUGGUUGUAAGAAAGCCCAAACCUAAGAGAACAGCUCAAUCACCACUCAGCACAUCUGUAAUAACCCCACAAAAGCAACUCCACAGCCAUGUACCUUUUUUUCCUGAGUUUGACCUGGAGCAUGGGAUUCCCAUUGAAGAAGAUCUUCCGUCCCCAAGUAGCCCAGAGAGAGAGGAUAAAAGUAAGACCCUUCCAAGUAGAAUGACCAUAUCCUGUUUAGCAGAAUUAGACAAAAGGAAGCCCAAGGUACCCCCACCAGUGCCCAAAAAACCCAAUGUCCUUCUUCUGCCCUCUCCAAGUAUCCAGACUAAUGGUGGAACAGAGAGGCAAACACUACUUUCUAACAGUGUCUCCCAGUCACCUACAGGUCCACCACCAUCUGAGACUGAGGAAGAUUCUCAUAAAGAUGAUCAAGACCAUCCCACAAAGCAAAAAUUAGAUAGAAACCAUGAAAACCUUGAAAGUUAUGAGAUCCCUGAAAAUCAGGAGAAUGAUGUGGUAGUUGAAGAGGACAGUUUUAAAGAUUCAGGUUCUCAUCAUAAAAUGGAAGUGAAGACACAUCCAGCAGAAACAGUAACAGAAACUCCCACAGAAACUGAAAUAUUGGAUGAAAACAACUCUGCAGUUGACAAGACAGAACUGCACAUUACUGAGGAAACAGACGAUGAUGUAUUUGUCCACACACCCACAACUCACACCACUGAGGACCUCUUCACCAUAAUACACAGGUCAAAAAGGAAAGUUCUUGGUCGCAAGGAACCAGCUGAUUCUUUUGGAAGCAGGCAGUGUCUGGUCUCACCUGUGAAAAGCAGUAGCACAGAAUUCCAUACUCUGAGCCAUGGGAGCACACCUAGGUCAAGCUCACGGAAUGAGAACUUCAUGGCUCUUCUUCAGAAAAGGAGCAGCAAGGCCAGCACUGGGACCCGAGUCUCUGCCAUGGAGUUGCUGAAGAGCACAAACCCCCUGGCAAGACGAGUCACCGAGUUUUCCCAGUCACAACCAGAUGCGACUGCAACAAACACAAGUAAACAUACUCCACAGGACCAGUGAUUC